AUGUCUCUAACACAACGUUCUCAUGCCGAAGACUACUGGGGCAACUCGGGGCAACCAAGGUCACAGAACGGCAAUGCAAACGGUGGCCUAGGGUCAAAAUUGGAAAGCUUCAUGGAUAAGAAAGAGUUGCCCAUGUACAAGGACAAGCCCUACAACUAUGCGGGAUCCAGAAAAUACACACCUUUUUACAGACAAAAGCGGGUCAUCAGCGGAGCUAUCUUGGUUUUGAUGGGGUUGGUAUACUGGCUUGGCAUCUUCUCGCCUUCUAUGGUCAAGCCCAAACUGAGAGACACCAAUAAGAGCGCGUGGAAUUGGCUGAGCAGCCCUACGAUAUCGGAAUCCGUGGAUUGGAACGACAGACGAGAGAAAGUAAAGGAGGCAUUCAUCUUGAGUUGGGACGGUUACGAGCAGUAUGCAUGGGGCCUCGAUGAGUAUCACCCAAUUUCAAAAAAAGGGAAACAAAUGGAUACCAAAGGCAAAGGCAUGGGCUGGAUCAUUGUCGAUGCUCUGGACACUCUAAUGAUAAUGAACCUAACCUCCCGAUUGUCUCAUGCCAGGGAAUGGAUAUCCACGUCUUUGGAUUACGACCAGGACCAUGAGGUCAAUACCUUCGAGACUACGAUACGCAUGCUGGGGGGCCUUCUUUCAGCGCACUACCUCUCCACUGCUUUCCCUGAGAUGGCUCCUCUAACGGACGAUGAUCAGGGUGCUCCCGGAGAGGAUCUGUAUCUUGAGAAGGCUGCGGAUUUGGCAGGUCGCCUGAUGGGCGCCUUCGAUUCCAACAGCGGUGUACCGUAUGCAAGCGUCAAUUUAAAGACCUCCAAGGGAAAGGAAUCCCACAUAGAUGGAGGCGCAUCAUCGACCGCUGAAGCAUCUAGUCUGCAAUUAGAAUUCAAGUAUCUUGCCAUGCUGACUGGGGAAAAGAACUACUGGGAAAGCGCAGAGAAAGUCAUCCAAGUCAUCGACGACAAUGGCAUGGAGGAUGGUCUUGUACCAAUAUUCUUAUACGCCACCACAGGUGGUUUCAGGGCCAAUAAUAUACGACUAGGAAGCCGAGGCGACUCGUACUAUGAAUAUCUCAUCAAGCAAUAUCUGCAAACUUCCUGUGAAGAGCCCAUCUAUCAAGAAAUGUGGAACCAGUCCCUCGCUGGUGUCAGAAAAUGGCUAAUUACAUACUCGACUCCGAAUCAUUUCACGGUCCUGGCUGAGCGUCCUUUCGGUCUUGGUGGUAAACUUGAGGGGAAAAUGGACCACCUCGUCUGCUUCAUGCCCGGUACCAUUGCCCUCGGCGUAACAGGAGGCCUUACCAUCGAAGAAGUCAAGAAGGCUGGCCUUUGGAGCGAAAAGGAAGAAGAGGACAUGGCACUCGCCAUCGAACUAACCAAAACUUGCUGGGGAAUGUACCGGAUCACUCCGACAGGUUUAGCGCCAGAAAUUGCUCAUUUCCAAAUUGGAGAAAACCCACACAUGGAGUCCGAUGGAAUCUUAGCGUCUAAGGAGAUGACGCAGGGAGCACAUGCGGCGUGGAAGGAUGACUAUAUCAUCAAAGUUAACGACCGCCAUAAUUUACAGCGCCCAGAAACAGUUGAGUCGCUCUUCUAUAUGUGGCGGAUCACUGGCGACGAGAAGUACCGCGAGUGGGGUUGGGAGAUGUUCACGUCAUUCGUUAAGUACAGUGCGGCAGAGGACGGAGCUGGCUUUACCAGCCUUGCCAAUGCAAACGAGAUACCCCCAUUGCUGAAAGAUAACAUGGAGAGCUUUUGGCUGGCCGAGACUCUCAAAUACUUCUAUCUUCUUUUCUCGCCUAAUGAUUUAUUACCAUUGGAGUCUAUUGUCAUCAACACGGAAGCUCAUAUAUUCCCACGCUUCAAGCUUACCCGCGGCCUGAAGACGGGCUGGGAGAGGAAGCCUAGAGAUGAGAAGGGAAGGAUCGUCCAGCCUACUAGGAGCGACGGCAAAGGGGACCGGAAGGCUCACCAGGACAGUAAUCCAGCGGCAAACACGCAUACGAUCAAAGUCGAGGAGACUGGACAGGCACCAGUGGGCAAAGAAACUCCACCUUAG